AUGUCGUACACCAAAGGCCAGUUGAUGUGCAUCCAUGUAGGUCAGUGUGGUAAUCAAAUUGGUCAGAGUUUCUGGAAGGUUCUUUGCGACGAGCACGCCAUUGAUGGAAGAGGUCGCAUGACGUCCGAAGAGAGCAUUCAUGACAACAAAGAUGUUUUUUUCUAUCAGGCUGAUGACGACCAUUAUGUUCCACGUGCUGUUUUGGUCGAUUUGGAACCACGGGUUAUCAAUGGAAUUAUGACUAGCGAAAACUUCAGUAGACUUUUCAAUCCUGACAAUGUCUACAUGUCUACACAUGGCGGAGGUGCUGGUAAUAAUUGGGCUAGUGGAUAUGGACAGGGCAGUGAAGUCUAUGAACAAAUACUGGAUAUGAUCGAACGUGAGUCAGAAAACAGUGAUCAGAUGGACGGGUUCCUCUUCACACACUCCGUCUCUGGUGGAACCGGAUCAGGAAUGGGAUCACUAAUUCUCGAAAAAAUACGCGACAAAUUUCCAAAAAAGGUCAUUCAAACAUUUUCUGUAUUUGCGAACCAUGAAGACACUAGUGAUGUGAUAGUCCAUCCAUACAAUUCAGUGUUGUCAUUGGAAAGACUUAUCGAUUUUCCAGUUGUAAUUGACAACGCUGCGUUGAAUAGAUUAGCCGCCGGAAAGUUUGAGACACAAGAGCCCACCUUUGACCAUAUAAACUCACUGGGUUGGUUCACUUAUUUCCAGGUGACUCGAAUCAUGUCCACAUCAACAGCGAUGUUCAGAUUCGACUCGCACAUCCUUACCUCUAUACGUUCCAUGUGUUUGUCCCCGAUUCAACCGCUGCACUUUAUUCAAGCAGGAUUUUCGCCCGUCGUCGAUCCGAAUGAGUCUUUCACCAGAAAAACAUCAGUUGCCGAUGUUGUUCGAAAUUUGCUCAAACCAUCCUCCAUGAUGGUUUCCACUGCGAGUAUGACUCGACCUACACAUUGUAUGCUGUCUGCAUUCUUGUUUCUGCAAGGUCAGGUCACAUCUUCCGAUGUGAACACAGUUUGUUUAUCUGGACAUGUAUCUGGUCUCAUGUUGAAUAACAACACAAGUAUCGCACCCCUAUUUGAACGAAUCCUUCAGCAGUUUGCUCGUCUUCGCACUAAGAAUGCGUUCAUUGAUCGAUUCCAAAAAGAGGAAGGCUUUACUGUUGACAUGAUGGACAGUUCUGCUGAACGAGUACAGGAAUUGGUAGAUUUGUAUUCACAGGCUGAAAAACCGGAUUUUCUUGGCUGA